AGUCCCAUUUUUACUCGCGAUGGAGCGCUCGGAGUAAGUCAAGUAUUAGUUAGGUUGCUUUGUCUGUCGCUGCCGAAGAAGAUCAGGACGUGAGCAUGGGUGCACUUUCCCCAAGACUUCAAGUUAAUUAGGCGAAGUCGGAGGAUUUCCGGCAUCCGACAAGUCUUUGGAUAAACACGGAACGGGUCUGGUCCACGAGUCUGGCGCUGAUGGCAAGGUAGAGAAUAUAAAAAAAUAUUGUCAAAACGCUAAAGACGCCAUCAACCGUGCACGAUGAGCGAGGACGCCGAGGAACCUAGUGACGUGGACGUGAACCGGCAAAGAUGCGAGCUGCAGCACUGUAUCGAUGCCAGCAGAUCAGAAAGCGAAGAUGCUGCAAAAACAGACUCAGUGGACAGUGAUAGGGAUGAUGGUGGAGCCAAAGCAAGUGCUCUUUCGCCAGUCCGCAGGAACAUUAUUUUGCUGUGUGUUGCAAUCAACAACACGAUCGUUUGGGCCGCAAUUGGCUUGAUGAUGCCAUUCUUUGGUGGAGCAGCUUUGAAGAAAGCACCUAGUCCGAGUUUGGCGAACCAUUUUGUCAUUGGUCUGAUAUUCAGCAUAGCAACGUUCGUGGAAUUUCUUGCUGCUCCUAUCUUAGCCAAGGACUUGGUGAAUGUUGGAAGUAAGUUGAUGUUGGUGCUGAGUACAUUUGAGAUUAGUGCAAUGAUGUUUCUGUUUAGUUUUGUCAAUAAAAUCGAGUUGUGGAGUAUCUUCCUGGCAAUGUGCCUCAUUAUCCGUUUAGUCCAAGGUAUUUCAACAGCAGCAAACUUUGUUUCUUCAUUUUCGUUACUAGUCGGUGCCUUCCCGGAGUCGAAUGGAUUAGUGAAUGGAGUGUUGCGAUGCGCAAAUGGAGUAGGCUAUGCCAUGGGUCCGGCAAUAGGCGGAGUUCUGUAUGACGUGGAUGGAUUUGCUCUUCCUUUCUACGUCCUCAGUGGUGUUCUUGGAAUCAAUCUUGUUCUUCUUGUCAUGUUCAUACCACCGGGCAGUGAGACUGACUUGUGUUCAGUCAAGCUGAAGAGCGACAUAAGUUAUAUUCAGCUACUGUCUGUACCCUGGGUGUGGAUGGUGCUCAUCAACUUAUUUAUCACGAAUUUGAUUAUGGGAUUUAUAGAGCCAGUUCUCUCGGUGUAUCUGAAGAAUUCAUUCAACUUGCCGACGAUAUACGCUGGAAUUGGUUUCUCUAUUAUGAGUGUGGCAUUUGGUGCGGUCACUCUGCCUGUAGGCUACUGUGUUGAUCGCUCACUCAACCCUAGACUCAUGCAAGCUGUUGGUCUCUUCAUAUGUGGAAUAAGCUGUGAGCUAGUUGGUCCUGCUCCGUUUCUACAACUCCCAAAGUCCUUGGCCUUCUGCUACAUAGCUGUGGUGUUGCUUGGUGUGGGCAUUGGCUUUGUUGCUGUGUCAUCUGUACCUGACAUUCUCCGGACUCUGGAUGCUCAUGGCUUGGGCAGUCCAGGGGAGAUGCGUGCAGCAGCUGCUGGCCUCUUCCAAGCAGCAGUAUCUCUUGGCUAUGGUGUUGGCCCAAUGUUGGGCAGCACACUAACUGCAGCCGUUGGGUUUGAGUAUGGCACCUCAAUAGUGGGUGCAGUGUACUUGCUAUGGACUGUGAUCUUCUCCAUUGCUGCAGUCAGCAGUGACAAACUGCUCAUUGUACAGCUUGAGAAUCUUGUGAAAGGUCAGUCAUAACCGACAUCAAUGUUAUAAUAUUUCGUUUAAUCUUUUUUAGACUCGUGUGGAGAACCAAGGAUUAAUUUAUGCGAAGUAAGAAGAAAUGAGAACCAAUGACCUACAAGUUGGUCAGUUGGUUGUUGGUCAGUGUCGUGCAAUGAGGACCAAGGACCAAGGAACUACAAGUUGGUCAGUUGGUCAAUUAAUCGUUGGUCAGUGUCGCGCAAUGUUAUUCCAUGAGCUGAUUGUAAAGUAACUAGUGGUGUUAGUGGA